UGUUAUCAGAGCCUCAGUGAACCUAUCGAAAAAUCACUGAAAGGCCCUUUAUGGUGUAAGAAUUCGUGGGAGUCUGUUGUGUAGGGAGGUAGCUAAAAAUAAGUAUUGUUUGACCUACGUGUUACUUCUAUUAGAGGUAACAAGAAUAUAAACGGGACUCCAGGUAUUUUUCAUCAGUGGUAUUUUUCCUGGAGAGAUUCGACGCGCAAUGUAAACUUUCUAAGUCUGAAGCAUUCAACAUGUCCGAUGUGAAUGAUCCAGUAUGUUCAGUCUGCAAAGAAGUUUUCAGAUCCCCGAGAUUUCUGCCCUGUUAUCACACUUUCUGCUUAGAGUGCCUUGAAAACCUGGAACAAAGACAUAGAAAUGCUAUCCCAUGUCCUCUGUGUAGAGCUCCUGCUCCGAUACCUGCAGGCGGUGUGCGUGCUCUACAAGUCAACUUCUACUUUCCGGAAGAAGUUCUGGAGAAGGCACGCAGAGAGAAAAAUAGUUCCAUGUGUUCUGUUCAUAGUGAUGAACGUAUCACGCUAUAUUGUUGCCUGUGUGAUCAAGCCAUCUGUAUAAGAUGCAAAGUUACUGAACAUGAGGGGCACAACACCGAAGACCUGUCCCUGGCCGCCGCUCGCACUAAAAAUAUUAUUGAAGGAAACACACUUCACCUGCAUGAUUACCUGCAAUUCCUAAUGGAUACUGGACAAACUCUUUUUCUGAAAAAAGAAGAAGAUACAAAAGCGAGAGAUUCUUUAGCUAAACAGAUUCGAGGACGGUGUGACCUUAUUGUGACCUGGGCAAAUAAACACCGUGAUCAAGCGCUUCAACAACUUGAUAAGAUUUCAGGCAAUCGGCAGAAAGAUCUAGACACCAAAGAGAAGAAAAUACAAUCUGAGAUAACUACUAUGAUUGACUUCCAAACACGAGUUGAAAAUGUUUUGAGGUCGACCAGUCAUCUUGAGGUCUUGCAGGUGAAGAAAGAAAUGAUGCAAUGCGACGAGAAGCGGAAAGCAUUUGAAGCUGUACUGCCUGACAGCAGUUAUAGCUAUAUACUUGAUUGUGACUUAAUCACCAAUGUCGAGAACAUCAAGAGAUUUAUCGGGUCACCAGUCGAAGUGUUUUCUCCAUUUGAUACUAGCACACACAUUGUUCGCAUUGUUCGAUGUGAAGAUGAGAAAUAUCGCGAAGUUCACGGUGUGCGGGAAAUGGAAGACAAAACAAUUUUGGCAUUUUUUGGCUGUCCUGGAAACGACUUCUCCCAAGAGAAAGAAAUGUGGUUUAGUCCUUCUGGUACUAAAAUCCUGCCCCACGUGCAUAAACCAAUGUCUGCUUUACGAAUAGAUUAUCAGCUGCCAGCAUAUAUAGACCAAAAGCAAAGAAGAUUUUUGUCCAAGCGUGACUGCUCGUUUUUGUUGAUGCAGAACCGCAACAAUGCAAGCUGUUUUGUAUGGUCACUGAACUUUGAAAAAAAUAAAACAAUUACUAACCUCGGUAUUAAUUUAUGUCGGCCAAAUGUGCACACAGUCCAGAACUUUGACUCAAACACAUCUGGCACGCUCUUUGCUGUCAUAGAUGAAAACAAGACUGAUAAUGUAAACGCAGCAUCAGAAGAGAGAAAUGUAAGGCAAAAUGAUAGUAGCUACUCUCGUGUAGUACGUUUGUAUGAUCGGGAAAACAGCGACCCCAUAGCGACCUACACACCACCGAAACAACCCUUCCUCCCAACAGACGUCUGCUUUUGUGGAGAACAUUUGCUGCUGAUCGCUGAUUUUAUCAACAACUGCAUACAUGUGACAAAGGUAGCUUCCAAGACCCUCACAUUCAUUGACUACCUGCCUGGAUGUGGUAAUAUCGUUCAGCCUACAGCUCUAAACCUUGACCUUAACGGAUGUUUGCUUAUAGGAUGUGGCAAUGGUUGGGUUCUUAAAUAUGAUGUCAAUAUAUAUAGAAUGUAUACCACAAGAUUUUUCUAAUUCGACAAAGAAGUGCACUAACGUUACGGAGUUUUCCCAUGAAAAGAUCUCCUAAAGAACUUCGCUUAAGGAUAUGGUCUUCAUCAAAUCCUCUGAAGCAUAUUCAGUUUUCUAUCAGAGCUUUGUCCAUGUUAUCAUCAACAUCAAAAUCUUUUGACAUUGCGAGUACUGUGGGAUGUUGUCAGUAUUAAUUUUUACAUACAAACCUGUUUCUUCGCUUUCGAACUGUGACUCAAAUCUUUCCAGGUGACAGUGCCGGAAAACAUGUAUUGACAUAUGCUUUAUCCCCAGUGUUGUCCAUAGGAAUGGGAAUCCCAUGGGAAUCCCAUGGGAAACGUCCCAUAGGAUGGGAUGGGAUGGGACAGCACACAUUUGU